GAGGAACUAACGUGUUUCAACAAGAAAACCAGAAUGGCGCUUCAUCAAAAAGCCCAGGUUUCAUGGUGAAAAAAUGGAUACAAAACCGUCGAAAUGAUCCGCCACCUUAACGUAGUGCCAGUUUUGAUACUGAUAAUCAACAUCGAGAGGACAUUCGGCUUAAAGCCCCCUCACGAUGUCAAGAUAGUCGUAUCAGAUCUGCAGUGGAAGCCUUCCAACGAUGACACCGUGCUGUAUUCACUACAGUACAACCCUAAACGCAAAUCAGAGGAUGAAUGGCUCAAUGUGUCGAGCCAUAUUGGAACAAAAUUAAGAACAUUUCAAAUCACUCCUGAAUUUUAUGGAGCGGUAUUUCGAGUUCGCACAGAGAAAGGAAACAACGUGUCAGAAUGGCAGUAUUCAAAUCCGGUCCAGUGUGUAAAUGUUGCAGUUUGUCUUCCUGUGACGAAUCUGAUUGUAAAACAUGAAAGGGUUUCCCUGACUAUGACACAUAUGGACCAGAGCUUGGAGAAAGAAUAUGGAGAGCACAUUGAGUUUAAUAUAUCAUACUGGAAAGUAGAUAACGGAGGAUCCUCUAAGGUAGAGACUAUUAUUACGAAUAGAAAGAAUGAACCCUUACCUGACCUGGAAUCAGAGCAAAACUACUGUUUCCAGGUUGAAUAUUUGCUUUACAAUAAGCCUUAUGGAAAUGCUAGCAAGGAAAUAUGUGAAAUCAUCCCGGAAACACCUGAAGCAGCAAGCAGACGUGUUUUGCUCUAUAGUAUUUUAACCACACUUUUUGUUUCGGCCAUGUGUGGUAUCUGCAUUUUUGUACUUUUUAAAUACCACAAAAAGGUGAAACAACUAUUGCAGCCAAUCCAACUGGAGAUUCCUGAUCACUAUCGAGAGGUUCUGUAUAAUGAGUUUCCUCUGCAAGCUUGUCCAAGUCCCAGCAGUCAGAGUCUACGGUCAUAUGACUUGAUCACAGUAAUAGAGAACAGCAAUGAGGAACAAGAGAAAAGAUUUUUGACUUAAAGAUUGUGACUGUCU